CUCGUCUCUGCGAAACAACUGUCUCUCCUAAAAUUAACGGCUCCUAUUUCCCGAUUGGUUGCUCCCUCGAUUCCGAGGGCUUCAGAGCGUGGCAACUGAGGGCACAGCACCCCACGUGAUGGACAAGACCCCAAUGGCAUCGCUAACUAUGGGCCGAUAUGAAACUAAACUCGAGGGACUGCGGAGCGGACCGGCUAAUUAUAGCUUUAGGGUCGACUAUUCUGCAGGAUGACAACAUGGCACCCAUCGAACCGCAGUAUUCUCCCGUUGUCCCUAAGAUUUCAAUCUCCAGAGCGGACAGUUAGCGGGUAAUAGUUGCCAUCGAUGUCUUGGACGAGGGUUCAUCGCCUUGACUAGGUUACCACUCUUAACAUAUAAAAGCCUUUGUCAUUCCCCUUCUCCCUGCUAUCAUUCACUCAUCAGUCAAUCAAUCCAUCCAAUCGUUCAAAACACCUUCGUUCUCUUUCAAACCCAUUCGUUUACCGCCAACCUUUCAAAAUGCAGUUCAAGAACCUUGCUCUCGCUGCCUCCGUCGUUGCUACUGCCGCCGCUGCCCCGGCUGCUGACAGCUGCUCCGCACCGGCUUCGACCCCGUCUUCUACCCCUGGCGCUGGCGCCACUCAAUACUUCGGCGUCAUCGCCAUUCAUUCUGGCAGCGGUGUCCAGAACGCUGGCUUCAGCGCCGCCCAGGGUAGCCUCAUCGCUGGCCUCCAGAACAAGGGAUCCAGCUGCCAGGAGACCAGCUUCUACAUCAACGACGGUGUUCUGAACAUCUACGACAACACCGCUCGUCCCCAGAAGGUCUACGUUGACCGCUCCGGCAUGGGCCAGGGCAAGAUUGGGUACACCGUUGGUGUCGAGCCCGCCCCCAAGAACGCCGAGCGCAAGGGCUGGGCCAUCAAGGAUGGCCACCUCCAGUUCGAUGGAUCCGACCUCAUCGCCUGCCCCGCUGCCGACGGCUACAGCAUCUGGGCCAACGCUGGUGUCGCCAACCCCGCUGGCAACAAGGAUUGUGUUGGCAUUGCUGCUCGCAUCAUGGAGACCAAGACCCCCAAGCCCUGCUGGGCCAACUAAAUUUGUGCUUUAGCGUUUCGUUCUUUGGCGCGAGGACUUGUAUAAAGAAUUGAUUUCUCCUUGUGCAUCUUCCUUUUACUGAGCGGAUUGUGAAUACUUCUGUGGAACUACUUAUUUAUAAUAUAUAAACCUUCCUUGAAGGGAAACAAA